AUGAACUUUAGGAAACUAACAAAAUUUUGGAGAAGGCAAACGAGCCAGGUUGAUGUUGUCUCGGGGAGUGAAAAGUGUACAAGCGGUGAUUAUUGUGAUACAUUCGUUGGGCUUUUUCGAGGACAGCAGGGGAAAAACUUUGUUUCGUCGCUAGAAAGCGGACAAGCUGCUCUUGAAUAUAUUAAAAAUGUUACGGAGCGAGGGCAGAUGACCAGCGGCACCCUCUCAUCCUCGACAGACGACGAGCUGAAGCGAGAACGCGAAGAGACCCUCGUUGCUCUUGAGUUAUGUGUGAUUACGCAUCCACAGUUUGUCAACACAGACGUGAACUCCAGCAACAUUGAGAGCGGGGAAAGCGAGGGAGUUUCUCCUUCAACCACCGAGAAGGUUGCACACGAGGCUGCAACGAACACUACUGGGGAAGAAGUGACCAUCACAAUUAGUGAAACAAGUAAUGGUACCGCUGCUGCGAGUGCCAAUACACGCAACGGCGAAGCAGCUACCCCAGUCGCACAUUAUACACAAGAGGAGCGUAGGGCUUUGCUGUACGAAUUGGUCAGCAUCAUGCUUAGCAUUGAUCGUUUUCUUUACAUAAAUAAAAUUAGGGAGGAAAUACAGCUUCAGCACCCCUCAAUGUUGGUGACCCCACCACCCACAACCACCAUCGGUACGGAAUUGCUGGAGACCGCUCCAUCGACGAAUGCCACAGAUGAAAAGAGUGUUGAUUUUGAAAGCGAUCCGUACGUGGCGCCGCCAUCCAUUUCAUCCACUGGAAGGGAGUCGGUACCAGACCUCGCGUCAUGCCAAUCAAACCCAGGCGACCCUGAUGGAGAUAUUUCAAAUCGAAGUUUGAACAGAGCAGAAGAGGUAGUGGCAAGAAUUCAAGCGAUCACCACUUGGAUUGUCCUGCAGAAGGUACUGCGGAGUCAGUUGGAGUUGCACCGGGAAAGAGCCACCCAGCCAAAUAGUCCCACAAUAGAAGCAGGAGCAUCGGAAGCAGAGUAUGUGUUGCACUUUGAAGAACUGUGGAUCGACACGGCUCCUCUACGGUGGGAGCAAGUGGUGGAAGAACUCAAGGAGGCCCUUGGCAUGCGACGGAAGGAAAUUGCAGAGGCCAUUAUAUCUAGUUGGAUACUGAACAAUCAUGCAGGUCAUGAGCUCCUACAGUGUGUUAUGCUGGAAUUUUGUUACGGUGCCAACUUCGAGCACAAGACUGCGGUUGAUGUGGAUACCACACGACCGGAAAUUAUUUUCAUGCCGGCAAUCGGGAGCAAUGACAGUGAUGGUCAAAACCAGUCGCUGCAGCAAACUGAGGCGUUGACUGACACGACUCCCGAAGCACAUGGCGGAGAUGAUGUCGUUCCAGAUGACAUGGUGGAAAAGGUGAAGAAAACAUUCAAACAGUGUAUUGUAACGCCAUGGGUCUGCUAUUUGGAGCAAUCGUUGCAAGUAUUCCAACUGGAGGGGGGCAAUAGACCUGGUAAAGUGUUGGACACAACAAACGUUUCCCUCUGUUGCAUGGUCAGUGCGUAUGCGAUUUGCUCAAAGCACUGGGAGGAAGUGAAAAGAAGGGACAUCUUUCAUUUUUUGGAAAAAUUGUGGUGCGAACAACAUGUUUCUACGCAGGUGGAGCGGAUGAAGUGUGUUAGCACUGGGACAGAGGAAGAUACCAAGCCUGAAAGCGAGGAAGUUGAGUGCGUGGACAGUUGUUCACCGCCUCAGGCAUUGGACGGCGACAGCGAUGGUACUGUUACGGUUGGUCACUGCGCUGAGAACGAUAAAUAUGCUUUUUUGUGUGGGGAUGAGUUCAUAUUGCCAGUGAUGCUGCACGAGGCGUGGGCGACGGUGUUAUGCAUUCGUGCUCAUCAGUGCCUUAACGGCGCUGGCCAGCCACUCUCUGAAGCGGUCAGACAUGUUCGUCGGGCUUGCAGUUUGCCCAUACAAAGAUUUCCCUUUUGGUAUUGCCAAAGGGCUCAUGAAGCUAUCGUACAUGCGUAUGUUGCUGCCGGAAACUAUGCCGGUGCGAUUGAGAUUGGACGAGCAAAUGUAAACAGAAGCGAGCGAUAUUGUGCAACCCAUGGCCACUGCCUUGCUAGCCGGGUGAAUUACCUGGAGUCGUUGCAACUGCUGGCUGAGAUACAGGCUGUGUACCCUGGUAGUACUUCAUUUACCAGCACUGUGCAAACGGUCCUACAACAGGCGGUACUCUGCGAGCAAGCACUGAAGGACGUUUUGCCUGUCUAUAUCAACGGGGUGGCCAGCCGUUAUGCCGCUUUGCGGAGGAACAUCUAUCGAGUGAAGCUCAUGGUUCUAAAGUUAAGUUGGCGUGUUCACUAUCGUCUCGCUGAGGUCACACGCGCUAACAUGUACUUUCACCAGUACAUCCACCUUUUAACGUGUAGAAAAGUACCGGGGCGAUUGGAAGAGCAAUACAACGCGUGGAAAGAAAGGGGGGAACAACUUCUCGGAGUGGAGCACAACUCAGCUGUUUGCUUUUUCGCGCGGGCGGUUGACUGUGCUAAAAAAAUUGUCAGCUCCGUUUCACGGACUGCACCAACAGUGGAUUCCACUGCAAAUUGUGCAUGUUCCCCAGUGACAUUACCGUGUUUGGCAGCAGCAGAUGCCACAGACACCGUGCAUCAGGAGAUAGAACUUAAUAAAAUGGAGGCGGAAGGCGAACGCAAUCUUGCACUUGCCUAUAUCGAACAGGCGGACCACGAAGUCAACGUGAAGAAGCGGCGGCAACAGCUUAGCAAUGCCGUAAACUGUGCUUACGCAGCGCAAGGUAUUUUGCACCGUUGGACAUCAAAAUUAAAGGCUGUCAUCCCCUCUACGCUAAUGAUUGGUGUCGCCUCUGGCAUUGUUGUUACAACCAAAGCGCUGCUUCGUCUCGGACAGCCGCGGAAGGCAGCACUUCUGUUGGAACCACUAAUCGAAGAGAGGUCGAACUCCAGCUCCGUACGGCCUCCGCUCUGGACCAGUGCACUGGAGCCACUUGGUCGCCCUCUCACCGCUGGAGAAAUCAGUGAGCGCACGGCGACAAUGCUCGUAAGACUUAGAGCAUGUGACCUUCAUGCACAAUGCCUCAGCAAGUUUGACGGGGAGCGUGGCUAUCGAGAGGUGGAGCGUGCAAGAUCCUUCUUGAAAGAGUUGAAAACGUGGGCGGUAUCGGUAAUUGCGGAAAGCGCCGUGGUGUACCCUAAGGGGGAGCAACUAAUGGUGGACUCUUCCAUGUACAACGGCAUAUUGGAAUUGUUGCGCGAAGCGAAUGCACUACAUCCAUUACUUAGUAUCACAUGCGGCGAUUCGUUGGUUAGCUUGGGAAAAUGGGAAGAAGCGUUGCAAGAGUACUCUGAUGCCCUUUCCAUCUAUAGCGCCGGUAGUGAGAUGGAUGGUCUUUCCAACCGCCCUGGAGAUGGUAUCAAUGAGUGUCCCUUUACAACAGAUGGUGUAAUGCAGAUUCAGGAGACAACCCGAUGGGGAAAAGACCAAGACCGCAUAAAGAAAUACUUUAAAAUAAAGGAAUCGUUAGUACUAGCGAAGCUCGCUGAGGUGUAUGUUGCACUAAGGAAGCCACUAACCGCCAUUCAUUACUACCGACAGGUGUUGGAGAACUCAACAGAGGUUGGUGACGCGCUGCUGCAAUACAACGCUCGUCUUCACCUCGCCCGCUUGCAUACAGCUACUGGUGAAACAGAUGUUGCGGCAGAGCAGUGGUCCCAGGUUAGUGAACUGGCAAAGGUGUACGACGACGAGGAAAUCAGCCGUGAGACAACUCGAAACAUUAUUGAGGCUCAACAAACCCGCGGUGCAUAUGCAGAUGUGAUUGAGGUUGCAAGAGAACUCAACAAUCUGGCAUCUGCGGCGGAAGGUGAAGAUGCCCUAGAGGACAGAUGUUUCGCUCUCGAAGCAAUUGCUGACGCUCAUCUUCAACUUGGCCAAUACAAGGAUUGUGUUAAGCUCCUUGACGAGCGGGAGAAAGUUGAGGACAAGGGGGCUCAAAGAAAGGGUGAGCUUUUUAACAUGCGUGCACGUGCCCUACUUGGCUCCGGUGCAACACAAGAAGCGGUUAAGGUUCUGGUGAAGUGGGCGCAAGUGGCCCGGCAGCAGUCAAAGUUUGUUGAGUUGGCAAAUGCUAAUGCAUCUCUGGCAGCUGCAUAUGCCACGGCAGGCCAGAUAUUUAAGGCGAAGCGACAUCACCAAGCUGUUCUUUCGGCGCUCGCAGAGGUGCCCGACAUGACACAGGAGCAAUCUGGAACCGCAAUGGAAUCUGCGCGUUGGCUCGUCCACCAGUUUUACCUAAAUGAUGAGAAGGUGCCACUCCUUGAUGAUACGCGCUGCGCGAGGGAAGAGAAGCGACCAAGUGCCAUGAAUGAUAGCUUUUUCCCCUCUUCGCAGUCUGUGAGAAGGUAUGACGUUGUCUCGCCCUGUGUACUGUCCACCGCCUCCGGUGAAGGCAGCGAAGGGGAAGGUGAAGAGAACGAAGGGGACGAAUAUUUUGUUAUGAGUGAAAGCGGUGACCUAAACGUACUCCUACAGGAAGAGGAAAAACACGCAAGGAGACGAUUGAAAAAUAGAAGUGCAAGCCACGAUAACUGCUGUAACAGUUGUAGUAGCGGUGUUUACAGCGGAAGUAGCGAAGGUAGCAGCGAAGGAGGGAAUACCGCUAUGGAUGAAAGAUUCUUGACCGACUGCGAUAAUGGCGAAGAACUACCACUGAACUGCUCGAUGGUUGGCGUCGACAUGGCCUCUGUGCUGCAGCAGGAUGACACGGCUGUGCAUACUCUUGGUGUUAGCCGCGGAAGGGAUGUAACCAACGGAUGCGGUAGUGAUGAGGCUACAAUCACAGAGAAGCCUGUCUUACCUUCAUCUGACCUCUGCGGCUUGUCCCCGUCUGUGUCCCCUCCCGUUAGUAACGUCAGUGGGGAUGCUGCAACCACCAAUGCAACCCCAGUCCUUCGAGGCAAAUUGGCUGACUUGAGGGCAAAACAAACAUGUGCCUCUGUAGCUGAAACAUAUCACACGGACGCAGCAUCUGAAGGCAGCCAUUCUGGUGGAAGUCCCGUCAAUAUACAAGCAGGUGAUGAUGACGGAGCACCGACCGAGGCUCCAACCAGGGAGUUCCUAGACAGAGUGACUACGAAGUCACCUAACCCAGCAGCUGUGCACACAAAGUGCUUUCACCGAGCGCUAGAAACCAUUGAGGCAGCUACUCAACUAGCGUUGAUGACGGUGGCAGGGCGGCAGGGCACCAUUCCCAGGAACCCUGCCGAUGUUAUCGACCUCGCGCUUAUCUCUUUUCCACAUUGCACCUUUGUGUUUUACUUCGCCGAUUUCGCCACACAGCAUAGCGUGAUUAUUCGUCCCGCGUGCAGAAGCUUCUAUCUGGAAUGCCUAGUACACCCGUACACACUAAAUAACUAUCAUUCGGGGGGUUUUCCACCACAGUCACAAAAUCAACAGGAUGGGCACCGGAUGAUACCUGACGAAAACAACGGUGCUACUGCAGACGGCUCCGUCACAUCACCAGACAGUAGCUGUAAGUGGACCUCAGGAGAACACGAACUUCUUCAAUCCCUGCACGAUCUUCAUGCAGAUCUUUGGGAGCCUGUGUGUUUUUUGUUGAAGAGGUCCCAUUGCAGACCCGAUGAGGCGGAGUGCUUGGUUUUUGUUGUUGAUCCCACUUUGCUACAAGUGCCCUUUCCUGCCCUUGUCGGUCGCGGAGACAAGGAAAUACCGCUGGGUCAGCAAUAUACUGUACUCGUUACACCAACUGUGGUGAACUUUCUUAGGACAAUGCAACAUAAUAAGCGACCGACGCUUUUUGGUGCUCCACAGAAGGACCGCAGUGCGUUCCUUCCACAGGGUGUGUCGUCGCAACCGUGGAUAGCAAGUGAGACCACGCUCAAAACCAGCAGCCAGUUAGGGUCGUGUUCAUUUCCGGCCCAGCCGAUUCCGACUGCGCAAGUGAGUGUGGCGUCAAGCAUGGGCUCAGUUGUCACUGCCAGAAGUACCGUAUCUUUGUUAGGGGAGCUGCGCGGCACAUCAAACGACCAUGAUACUGAAAUUGCUUCUAGAGACACUAGCAAUGCUGGCACUUGGACCGUUUUCAGUGGUUGCACGCGUAAGGAGCUUGUGUCCGCUUUUGGUUCCCCCUCUUGUCGAGCUCUGAUGCUGCUUUGUGACCCUGUCGGACAUAAGUUUAAAGUUGCCGAUGGCAUGGUCGGACUUGCCGAUGUUAUACGCGGCAAUCCAUCUCUAUCGGAAACGCUGGAUCUUGUAGUUAUUACAAAUGAGCGCUCAACGAUGACUUCAGUUGAAGAGCCCGGGAUAGCCGCAAGAUUGUGCUUGCAGUACGGUUAUCCGCGUGUCAUCCGUGUGGAUCUACCGCCCGGCACAGGUGUAACCACUGCACACCUGAGACUUUUACACGCGUACUACGAAAAGCUGUCCAUGACCCUCGAGUGGCGCAUGCGGUAUCCCUACGCAUUGGCACUCCGUAUGGCCCAGGAAGAGGCAUUGCGACUUGGUUUCCCACCCACUGUGUGCGCUUCCCUCACGCUGAUUGGAGCAGCAUGA